UUCAUACACACCCUACGAGGAUACAAAAAAAGGCGGAUUUUCACCAGAUUGAGAUUAAAUGAAUCCAGUCUCAAUUUUGUAUUAACUAAAAGAGGUGGAGGGAACAGACGAACAUACAGUAACUUCUCCGGCGAGCCUGAGUGAAUUGUUUGAAGCAUGAUGAACAGUUUUCGAGCUAGUUUCAAAAGGGAUGAUUCAAAGGUGAAGGCGCUGGAAUGGAGCAGUUCAAAAGGAAAGGACUCAAAGGAGUCGAUCUUGGACAUCGAUGAUGCUCCCAUUAACCGCUGCUCCAAACAACACGAGAAGACAUAUCAGGAAUGGUUCGCCUGCGCUGAUUCAGAUGGAGAUGGACGCAUCACCGGAAACGACGCCACGAAAUUCUUCGGCAUGGCCAACUUGUCUCGUCAGGAUCUUAAGCAGGUCUGGGCAAUUGCAGAUUCCAAGAGGCAAGGGUUUCUAGGUUUUAGAGAGUUUGUUACAGCCAUGCAGUUAAUCUCUUUGGCACAAGCUGGACAUGCGGUGACUACUGAUCUGUCAACAACUGGAGUUGAAUUGGAAAAUUUGGAGCCACCUACCAUGGAAGGUUUGGAUGCAUUAUUGGCUAAGAAAAAGCCUGGUUCUAAACAUGAUUCUGAUGGAAGUCCUCCCAAGCAAUCAACUAAUUGGUUUCAAUCUUCAAAAUCUACAAAGAUCUCUUUAACGUCUGUUACCUCAAUAGUUGAUGGAUUGAAGAGGUUAUACACCAAGAAACUGAAGCCUCUGGAAGUUACAUAUCGGUUUAAUGAUUUUGUCUCUCCCGUAUUGGCAAGUAGUGACUUUGACUGCAAGCCCAUGGUGAUGCUUUUGGGUCAAUAUUCUACUGGGAAGACAACUUUCAUCAAACAUAUGCUUAAGAGCAGUUAUCCAGGAGCUCAUAUUGGACCAGAGCCUACUACGGAUAGAUUUGUGGUUGUCAUGAAUGGACCUGAUGAACGAAGUAUUCCAGGCAACACAGUAGCUGUUCAAGCGGAUAUGCCAUUUAGUGGUCUUACAACAUUUGGAACUGCAUUUUUGUCAAAAUUUGAGUGUUCUCAAAUGCCUCAUCCUCUGUUGGAGCACUUUACAUUUGUUGACACUCCUGGAGUUUUAUCCGGAGAAAAGCAACGUACACAAAGGAGCUAUGACUUUACUGGUGUCACAUCUUGGUUUGCAGCCAAGUGUGACCUCAUCUUGCUGUUGUUUGAUCCUCACAAACUUGACAUUAGUGAUGAGUUCAAACGUGUGAUUUCAUCUCUGCGUGGCCAUGAUGAUAAAAUAAGGGUGGUUCUGAACAAGGCUGAUCAAGUCGAUACUCAACAACUCAUGAGAGUUUAUGGAGCGUUGAUGUGGUCUUUGGGGAAAGUUUUGAAUACUCCAGAAGUUAUGCGUGUUUACAUUGGGUCAUUCAAUGACAAACCAAUAAAUGAGGAUGCUUAUGAUGGUCCAAUUGGUAGAGAGCUUUUUGAAAAGGAACAGGAGGACCUGAUGAACGACUUGAAAGACAUACCAAAGAAAGCUUGUGAUCGUCGUAUUAACGAAUUUGUAAAACGAGCGAGAGCUGCCAAAAUUCAUGCGUACAUCAUAAGUCAUCUAAAGAAAGAGAUGCCUUCUAUGAUGGGCAAAGCCAAGGUCCAACAGAGACUUAUUGAUAACUUAGCAGACGAGUUCCUAAAGGUCCAGAGGGAAUUCCAUUUACCAGCGGGGGAUUUUCCAAACGUUGAUCAAUUCAAGGAAAUUUUGAGUGGUUACAAUAUCGAUAGAUUUGAAAGGCUGAAGCCUAAAAUGAUACAAUCUGUAGAUGACAUGCUCGGAUAUGACAUCCCAGACCUUCUCAAGUCUUUCAGGAAUCCUUAUGACUAGAGAAUGCUUUUAGAGUUUGUGGAAAUUUGGAAUGCAGCUAUUAUUGUAUAUUGUUUUUGUAUUAUAUUAUAAGAAAUCAUGGAUGAUCUAGUUAGUUAUACUUAUUCAAAAUUAAUGUAAGAUUAUAUUUUCCCUUUUUUUUUUAA